GCGCUCACUACGGAGCAGAAAUAAAAAAAUAAAAAAAAAACAAUAGAAACAAAAUGGCACUGGUGAGAAACAGUGUGUCGCGUAGGGGCUCGAAAAAUGAUGCAGAGAAGGACGAGGACGACGCCGAAAACAAUGGAUACAUCCAGGUGUUCGUCAAGCCACUGGAGCAGGGCAGCUACGGUUAUUUAUUAAAGUGGUUAGGCUUAAAUAAGGCGAAUUUCAGUGCUCAACAGCUCGGAGUGUGUUACGGGGCGACCGCGCUCGUCGGCGGUGUGUUAUUCUACCAGCUACUACGCUGUGAUGUGGGAAUCCUAUUUCAGCGCCUGUGCUCGCUGGUCGUCCCCAUGUUUUGUAUUAUGUGUGCUUUCUAUUGGCUAUCUUUGUAUUUUCGUCGCACUUGGAGCAAUACAAGUAUUUAUUUGUUAUUCUGUUCUUGCUACAUCGGCGAGUGCUUCGCUCAAAUCUUUCUGCGUGACUGGGGCGAGAGCACACACACGACAACAACAACAACAGAGGAGACUUCGGCCCUGCACGGGGGAGGGGGCGACCUCGCAUCGUCGGCGUUGCUGUCCAACUACACGACACAGCCUCUUGUUAUUGUGUGUGUGCUGCUGUUCAUCAGCGUGGCCAGUGUGUUCUCCAGUUUGGAGACGAGCCACAGCGCCGGUGUCAUUUUGUUGGUGAGUUUCACUCGUUUCCUGGCCUGCUCGGCCCUCCAAGAUGUGCCGUACGGCCUGCGCCCUUUCGUCGCGUACUCGUGUGGAUUCGCAGGGAAUAUCGUGGCCAAGUACAUGGAAACUGUGCUCAAACCGCAGAUACAAAACCUGACCACACAGGACGGGAAGAUACCUGUUAUAAAACGGAGGAGGUCCAGUUCAUCGAGUGCACACGCGUUCUCAGCACACAGGUCAGCCCGGCGGACAUCCUUACCUGCCCUGAUUCAGAAAAGCCAGGUAAGUCAUUACCUAGCCUAA